AUGGUGAAAGUAUCAGUAUUGGGUGCCUCUGGCCAAAUUGGCCAGCCUCUGAGUUUGUUAUUGAAAUCAAGCCCUCUCGUAACAGAAUUAAGACUCUACGAUGUCGUCCACUCCGUAGGUGUUGCGACAGAUUUGGAUCAUAUCGACACACCUGCCAAGGUUAGCGGGUACUUGCCCAAUGACAACGGUCUUGAGAAAGCUUUGUCAGGCGCGGAGUUAGUUAUGAUUCCGGCAGGCGUUGCUCGCAAACCGGGAAUGACGCGUGAUGAUUUGUUCACUACCAAUGCCAACGUAAUCGCAGACCUGCUCUCCGAAGUGGCUCAACUCUGCCCGGAAGCGUUCAUCUGCAUUAUCACAAACCCUGUCAACAGUACAGUGCCCAUCGCGGUCGAAGUUCUGAAGAAGCACGGCGUGUUUAAUCCUCGUCGUGUGUUUGGGGUGACUACUCUUGACGUUGUCCGGGCAUCGACAUUCACGGCACAUGCUCUUGGAGAACUCGAUCCACAAAAAUUCAAGAUCCCGGUUGUUGGAGGCCAUUCCGGGGCCACUAUAAUACCACUCAUAAGCCAGUCCCAGCCACCAGUGCAGCUCACAAAAGAGCAACUCGACGCUGUAACAUACCGUGUCCAGUUUGGCGGCGAUGAAAUUGUCAAAUCAAAGGCAGGUGCUGGAUCUGCCACAACGUGCAUGGCCUAUGCUGGAUUUCGGUUCGCACAAGCAAUCAUGAAAGCAUACCGGGGUGAAACUGGAAUUGUUGAGCCGACAUAUGUCUUCCUUCCCGGCGUCCCUGGAGGCGAAGAAAUUUCAAAAUCACUUGGGGUGAGCUUUUUCGCUGUGCCCGUCGAAUUCGGGACAGACGGCGCAACGAAAGCACAGCCUGUUGGCCCAUUGUCAGACUACGAGCAAGAUUUGCUGAAGAAAGCAAUUCAAGAGCUGAGAGGGAACAUCGUUAAAGGCGAGUCCCAUGUCAAGGGUGGAAAACUUUAA